AUGGAGAGUGAGAGGGGGGCUGCAAAUGUGAGCACGAGACCUCAAAUAGAUCUGAACGAGGUUCCGAUUUCAUCGCCCGGUGUAGCCCAAGAAGUAGUGAUUCCGGUACCGGCGGCGGAUGCGUCGAUAAGUGUUUCAGUGUGCUCUGUUUGUAGGAUUCCGGCAGGGAGGCUUACGGAGCAGCCGCAGCAGGAUUGGAGGUGUUUCCGUUGCUUGCUAAAAAAUGGCGGGAGUGGGAGUGGGAGUGGAAGUGGAGGAGACGGCGCUGCUGUUGGCGGCGGUGGAGGGGUUCUCAACAUCAAUGCUUCGCUCCCACGCGAGGCGGAGACCCAGAGGGAGCGAAAUUUGGUGGACCUGACUGCUGACGUGGCGGUUCUGGUGAGGCGGGACCCACAAGUGGAUCACGGUGGCAGUGGCAAAAUACAAGCUUCACAAUUUACUUCUCUUUCCAGCCAUUGUACCACAAUUACACAGUCAGAUUGUUUAUAUGCUGAUAAUGAAUAUAAUCUUCGGAAGACCUUAUGUGUUGCAACAAACACUACUAUAUCAGGUUUUAAAGAUACUACGUAUCAUGGGGGACCCUCAUUCGAUGGGAGGCUUAGGACUAGUAAUUAUAUUGGAACUGAAUAUUCUACUCAGAGUUCAAACAUGGCAUAUCUGCAGGCUCUGAGAGAAUAUAUUUCUGAAAGAAAAGGUGUUUUGGGAGAAGGUUGGUCUGUGGAAUUAGAUUAUGAUGAAGAAAUUUGCACGACCUCUGUCAUCUAUAUUGCCCCAGAUGGAACUCGGAUCAAAUCGAAGGAGGACGUUGCUCGCUAUUUAGGGUUGUUAAGCUAUCCUUGUGUGGAGACUGAGAGUGGAAGUAAUGGAUUUGGUGUUCAAAAUGAAUUGCACAAUGAUCAAGUGAAGGAGACCUCUAGAUUUCUGACAGUUGGAAACAGUAGACAAAGACAAAGCACUCCAAGGAGUGCCAAGGGGCAGGGUUUUCUGUCAGGCUCAAGGACCAUAGAUGGUCCAGAUAACCGAGGAGAUGGCUUCCCAAUUCAGUUUCAAGAUUUUUUUCUUGUAUCGGCUGGAAAUAUUGACUCACGGCCAUCAUACCAUAACACUAACCAGAUCUGGCCUGUUGGUUACCAAUCGAGCUGGCAUGAUAAAAUUACGGGAUCCUUUUUUGUAUGUGACGUUGAAGAUGGUGGCGAAUCUGGCCCCACUUUUAAGGUCCGGAGAUAUCCAUGUAGCAUGCAUUCCAUUCCAAUUGGUUCAACUGUCCUCUCAAGGCCGAAAUUGAGUUCCUGCUAUGGGGAUGACAAACUGGGGAAAGAUGAUUCAGCCAUAUCCCAGGUGGUUGAUGAUGAAAGUGUUUCCAUACAUAUGAUGCUAAAUGAACUCAGCCCACCAAGUCUGGAUGAUAACAUCUCGAUUUCAAAGAAAGGAAAAGAAGUUGUUCAUUCUCAAGCAGUAAAUUCUUCAACAUUACCUCAAGGUUCCAGAACAAAAGUAGUUGAUCUCUUAGGAGUGAAAGAUAACAUUGGGAAAUUUCAAGUGGAGGGGAAGUCGUCAUCAUCUGUGUGGGAAAUGGUCUCCCAAAUUUUUCUUAAUGCUUUCCAUGAGACGUACAAGCAAAAGGGUACAUUUCUGUUUUUCUGUGUUCAUGGUCCAGAUGAAACACAUACUGAAAACCCUGACAUUCUUGAUUCUUUAUCAAAAUUUUCUUGCUCGGCUGGUCCUAUCAACAUCCCACAAUCAAUUAAAAAUGAAGACGAGUAUAACACAGCUUGUGAAAUGCUGUUAGCAUGGUUAAGACAAGACAGGUUUGGACUAGAUGCAGAAUUCGUUCAGGAAAUACUAGAGAAGCUUCCGGGAGUUACCACUUGUUCAGAAUAUAAGUUUCUGAAUGAUAGAAAGCAUAAGGCAAGCCUACAAACAGUUGGAAGUGGGUUCCUCCUGGCUAAGAGGAAGAGCAAUUUACUAGGUGACCCAGAAUCUGACUCUUCCUCUGGAAAUUACAAGAGACCUAAGUUGCAGACACAUGACUCACAGAGGGAUGACUGUCCUCCUGGCAAGCCACUAAGCUCAAAGCUUGCUGCAUACUUGAUUGGAGAUGCUCUUCAGGUUUGGGAGCUCGCGUGGCAUUUCUUAGAUGUUCUGGGGCUAGGAAAACCUUUUUCUUUUCGGGAACUUGAAUCUGAACUAGUAGUCCCUUGGUUAGACAGUUAUCCUAUGCAAAAUUCUGGACAUAAAACUCUGGACAAUGGAGAUGUGGUGGUUUUUCCAGCUAGAGUUGCGUGUCUCAGCGGAUGUACUGGUUUAGUUUUGGCCAGGAUUCAUGGCUCACUGCUGAAUCUGCUUGUUCCAGAGCUUCUGUCUAAGGUGGCAGUACAUGUAUGUCCUAAUUUUGAUUCGGGAGAAUACAAAUCAAGAAAAGGAAGGAAGAAAGAUAUUGAUUUCUCAGCUGCUCUAAAGAAAGCAAAGCUCAAUAUGCUGCCUGUCAAUGAACUAACUUGGCCUGAAAUUGCUCGAAGAUACAUUUUGGCUGUUUUGUCAAUGGAGGGCAAUCUGGAUUCUACAGAAAUUGCAAGCCGUGAGAGUGGAAAAGUCUUCCAUUGCCUACGAGGUGAUGGUGGAACACUUUGUGGGUCCCUUACCGGCAUAGCUGCAUUGGAGGCUGAUGCAGUGAUUCUUGCAGACGCUAUGAAGCAAAUAUUUGGGUCAUUGAAGGGUAAGAAUGAGGUUGUUAGCAUAUUCGUGAAAGAGUCUGAUACAAGAAGUGAUUCUCAAACUAUGGAGGCGACUGAGGGUGUACUCCCCGAGUGGGCAGAAGUGCUUGAACCUGUAAGAAAGCUACCAACAAAUGUUGGAGCUCGGAUAAAAAAAUGUAUACUUGAAGCUUUAGAGAGAAAGCCACCUGAAUCAGUUAGGAAGAUAUUAGAACAUUCUAUCAGCAAGGAAGUUUACAAGGGUAAUGCAUCCGGGCCCACCAAGAGAGCAGUUAUCUUAGUGUUGGCAAAUAUGAGCCGUGAAAUUCCACGGCCAAAGGCUCAGAAGAAAGAAAAAGGAUGGAUUAUUAUCAAUCUCUCUGAUCUGAUCAUGAAACAAUGCCGUAUAGUGCUACGGCGUGCUGCUGCUGCAGAUAAAGAUAGAGUGUUCUGCAAUUUGUUAGGGAGAACAUUUCUAAGUCCUAAUGAUAAUGAUGAUGAGGGACUUCUUGGAUACCCUGCAAUGGUAUCUCGUCCUUUAGACUUCAGGACUAUUGAUUUGAGAUUGGCUGGUGGGGCCUAUGGUGAAUCACAUGAAGCUUUUAUUGAUGAUGUUCGAGAGGUUUGUAAUAAUUUACGCACUGCAUAUGGAGACCGAUCUGAUUUGAUUGGUGUAGCUGAAAAAUUGUCCCAAAAGUUUGAAGACCUGUAUGAGAAAGAGGUUAUUACUCUUGUCCAUAAAAUUGCUGAGUUUGCAGAUCUUGAUAGUUCAAGUGGUGAAGCUACAAAGGAGAGAGAUGACUUCCUUGCCAGUAUAUAUGAAAUCUCACUUCCUAGGGCUCCUUGGGAUGGAGGAAUUUGUAAGGUGUGUGGCAUGGACAGAGAUGAUGACAAUGUCCUGUUGUGUGAUAAAUGUGAUUCUGAGUAUCAUAGAUAUUGCUUGAGUCCUCCACUUACUAAAAUCCCGGAAGGAAACUGGUAUUGCCCUUCUUGUGUUGGUAAAUCAAUUUCUGGAAGUGCAGCCCACAGUUCUGCUGUAAAUCAACAUGGGAAAAGAAAAAAUCAGGGAGAGUUCAUGCACAAGUUUUUGGAAUCAAUGACGCAUUUAGUAAACCUGCUUGAGACAAAAGAAUAUUGGGAGUUUACAGUGAAUGAGAGAGUUCUCCUUUUGAAAUUCUUGUUUGAUGAGGCGUUGAAUUCAGCUACCAUUCAUGACCACAUAGAUCAACGUGCCUCCCGGACAUCUGAAUUGCAGCAAAAACUUCGCUCUAUCUCUUCUGAAUUGAAAACUCUGCAGUCCAAGGAAGAACCAUUUGCUGCAAGUGUAGAGAAAGCAAAUUCUAGCAUCUCAUCCUUCUCUGAUCGUGUGGAGAAUCCAUUACAGCUCGAUAGACAAAGUGAUUACAAUAAAGAGCCCGGUUGGCCUCCUUCGAGAAGCAAUCUGGUUAAACAUUGUGCCAGCAGUAGUAAUCAAGCUGUAAAUGUUUCUGAUGCAUUGGACCAAUUACGAGAUCAGCAGUGUGCAGUGGUUCAAAGUCAACAGAAAAACAUCUUUCCCCAUGUGCAUCUACCUCAAGGAGACAGUUGCUUGAACGAGUUGCCUGUGUCUACUGAACAACGGAGUUCCUUUCUAUCUGCUGGCCAGUCGACACCUAGCAGCCAUUUGUCGGAGCGUGCCCAUUCUGCAAAUGAUUACAAAAAUGACGUUUCUGGUUUGCAGACUCCAAUUGCUUCUACAGAAUCGGAGCUUCUCAAGGUAUCUCUUCGGAAGGAUUUCUUGGGACGAGAUUCUAAUGGCAGGGUUUAUUGGGUAUUAUGCUGGCCGGAUACUCAUCCAUGGAUUGUAGCUAAUGGGAGCUUGACUUCCAAAAAGAGGGGUCCUGAAGAGUUCAUUGGGGUUCCUAAUUCUUCUACAUGGAUGUCCUAUGAGUCUGAGUCCGAAAUUGAGAAACUACUAAGUUGGCUGCAAGAAAGCAAUGAGAGAGAGAAAGAUCUAAAAGAUUCUAUAUUGCAGUGGCUAUGUACAAAACCCAAAGACUCGUUUUAUGCUGAGAAUCACAUUCUUAACAAACAUGAAUCAUUUUCUUCAGUUCACUCUGAAGGGAGAAAAACUUUACCGGCUACAAACGCUAUGAAUGCUUUGAUGAAGAAAUUUGGUCCUUGCUUAGAGAAUAAGACCUCCACUGGCAUCCAUAAAAAUCUUGCUUCUGAAGUAAGUCAGAAUGGUAUGAUGUAUAGAUGCGAGUGCCUAGAGCUUUUGUGGCCUUCUAAAGAACAUUGUCCCUCUUGUCAUCAGAGUUUUUCAACGGGUAAUGAAUUAAGCCAGCAUUCCAUUGACAAUUGCAAAACUGAGGGAUCUACUUCUAAGAGAAGCCCAACAACAGAAGAUGCCACAAAGAGCAAAAAGUCGAGGAAUGCAUCACAUCAGGAGACAUGCUCUGCUGAAACGGGAAUUAUUCAAAGAUCUAUAAGUGAGAAGCCCAGUGAUGGAUUAAGUUCCGUUGAGCACGAAUGUCCAUUUAAUUACGAGGAAAUCAAAGCCAGGUUUAUCAUUCAAUCCCCAAUCAGGGAAAUGAUAAAGGACAUUGGACUUAUAUCUUCUGGUGGUAUUCCAUCCUUUCUACCAGGUGAGUUUCCUCAUCCGAGUGAUCCUGCACUAGUAUUGGGCUCUAUGAGGGAAAAUGAGGUUAGUGCAGGAGAAAUCCAGACAGAUUCGGUAAAUCAGCAGCAGGAAUCAGGUAACGAUCCCCGUGCUAUUGAUUCCAUGAACAAAAAUGAUAAAUUAAAUAAUCUGUCAAGAUGUGGAGAAAAGGUUAUGCGCAAGGAGGGAUCUGAAGUUGACAAACAUAAAUCUAUAUCUACGAGUGAAAGGAAUCAGGUUUCUCCGAUGGCGGAUAAGAAUCUAGUACUUUCGCUGUCCAAAAGUUGUAUUAUUCCGGAUUCUCCAUGGAGACCUUUAGUCGGCAGAGCUUCUAAAAUCCUACGGAUUCUUAAGAUCAGCUUGCUUGAUAUGGAUGCUGCUCUGCCUGAAGGCGCUUUAAGAAUUUCAAGGUCAAAUCACAAUAGGAGAUGUGCAUGGCGCAGAUUUGUGAAAUCUGCAAAUACAAUUUAUGAGAUGAUUCAAGCCAUAAUCACACUUGAGGAAACUAUUAAAAGUGAGUACCUGAGAAGUGAUUGGUGGUACUGGUCAUCACCUUCAACAGCAGCUAAAGUCUCUACUCUUUCUGCUCUUGCUCUACGCAUUUAUGCUCUCGAUUCAGUUAUCUCUUAUGAAAAACCUGUUUCCGAUGGGACUACGAAAAAUCCGAUAUCAGAAUCUGCACUGAACAAGGAAUCUUCAAUCCCAACAAAUCUGGUAAACUCUACCAGUCUAUCAGGGCAAAAGACCCUUGAGUCAAAUCCUGUCAAGAACCCAAGAUCCAGAAGGAAAACAAGCAAGCGGAGGAAUGAUCGAGGUGGUCAAGAUUGA